GGGCUACUUACAGAAGAUGUGGAGUUUGAUCCUAUCCCAGCAUCUUUUGCUUUGCCAGCUGAGUCAGGACCAUAUCCUUUAUCAAUUCAUGGCUCACCUAAGGGCACAGGCACCCUUAAGAUUAUUGGAUACAUUACUCACUGUCUUGGAGUUCGUAGUCAUUGUCGGUUACGAGAUGUUCCAACAAUAUGCGAGUCAUUUUAUGAAGUUGAUGUUGUUGCGGCUUUACCACAGCUACUAGUCCAUACCUCUUUACCACAGUCUGCUGCCAUUAAAGCCACCCCUGCAUCUAGUGGUGCAAUGUUAGCAAGUGCAACUGUUAACCUAUUUGCAGGUCAAAGCCAUGAAUGUGAAAUUACAUUACACAACUGUGGCCAAGUUCCUGUCCAAAGUGUUAUCAUACAUUUAGACUCCAGCAAAUCAAAAGAUAUUUCUGACAGUGUGAUGUUUAGCUGGAGUAAGGAAAAUAUUGAAACCCAACUACCUAUCCAACCGGGCAAUAAUUUAACAUUUACUCUGUAUAUCAAAGCUAUGGCAGAUUUUAUCACCUCGGAUGCAGUGCUUGAUGAAGACUCUCCAUAUUCACCUUACUUGCUGCCAGAAUUCAAGUCAAUGUCCCUGAAAUCUAAUAAUUCUGAUGUUAAAAGUAUACAAAGCUUGGAGGCUCUUCAAGGCAUACUGUGUAUUAAAUAUAGUGGAGGUGAGGGACAUGUUGAAGGAUAUUAUAGAGUAGCUCUUGUGGGCAUUCAAAUUAUUAUACAACCAUCUAUACAAUUCACAAAAUGGACAACCAUGCCAGCUCCAAAGUAAGUGUAAUCAGCUUUAGUCAACUUUUACUUAUGUGA